GCAGCCUUUGGUUUCAAGAACUGCAGUUUCAUCUUCACGUUGUUUUCAGACGAGACGUAGAACAACAUCUUUUCAUUUUCAAAGAAGAAGAUAUUACUUACGAAGAUGCGCGACGAUGUCCACCGGGUCUACGUGCGGCGGGAGGACGUGUCCGCUUAUUGUCGCAACAACCGUUGUGCCUUCCUUCCCGCCUCCGUCACGACAAAUGCCUACGGGGAUGUGUCUUCCCUCACUACCAAAGACGGGCUGCACAAGUCCCUGUCCCUGUUUUUUCGCGAGCUGGUGCGCGAACGGAUCGAGCAGGAGUUCCUCGGCGCGCUCCCCAAAAUGUACUUGCAGCACCGAAAACCGUGGUGGCUGCGCUGGAAGGGAGCAGCUUCUUCCUCGUCGGGCGACAGAAAAGGAAAUAGAAGCAAAGGGAAGAAGUCAGUCGCGGUACU